UGCUGGGGCAGAUGGCUUCCACUGGUCUUGAACUACUGGGCAUGACCCUGGCUGUGCUGGGCUGGCUAGGCACACUAGUGUCGUGUGCCCUACCCCUGUGGAAAGUGACCGCCUUCAUCGGCAACAGCAUCGUGGUGGCCCAGGUAGUAUGGGAGGGGCUGUGGAUGUCCUGUGUGGUGCAGAGCACGGGACAGAUGCAGUGCAAGGUGUAUGACUCGCUGCUGGCCCUGCCCCAGGACCUGCAGGCCGCCCGUGCCCUCUGCAUUGUCGCACUCCUACUGGCCCUGCUUGGCCUGCUGGUAGCCAUUAUGGGCGCCCAGUGUACCACGUGUGUGGACGACGAGGGUGCCAAAGCCCGCAUCGUGCUUACGGCAGGUGCCAUUCUCCUCCUGUCUGGGGUCCUGGUGCUCAUCCCAGUCUGCUGGACAGCACACGCCAUCAUCCAGGACUUCUACAACCCUCUGGUUGCUGAGGCUCUCAAGCGGGAGCUGGGCGCCUCCCUCUACCUGGGCUGGGCUGCGGCCGCCCUGCUGAUGCUGGGUGGGGGGCUUCUCUGCUGUACAUGCCCUCCACCCCAGGUCGACCGGCCCCGUGGACCCAGGCUGGGCUAUUCCAUCCCCUCCCGUUCAGGCGCAUCUGGACUGGACAAGAGGGACUAUGUGUGAGGC